AGCCGAGGCCAAACGGGGAGAGAGACCCCGCCCCCCUUAAGAAGAGAAGUCGCGGCCCCUGCGGGACGGGGGUAAGAACGAGAGACGGAGGGAGCCAGACUGCUGGGUCCCCGAAGAGGGUUGGGGCUUGUGGAUGGCAACAAGCCUGAGUCCCAGAAAUUGGGCUACACUAGGGACUGGGGACUAGACCGGAGUCGCAGAAUUCCGUCGUUCGGGGAAGGGAGCUUCUGCUGGGAUUUGGAGGUGUGUGGACGGCAGGCCGUGAAGUCUCUAGGUAGGGUCAGACGCUGGGACGCAGGCGAGCAGAGGGAAGUGGCGGUGCUGGAAGGGCGCUGGGAGUCGAACCCAGGGUGCUGGACGCGGGAUUCCCCCACGCUCAACAACGACGCAGCGGUGUGGAACCUUCAACUGGCUCCAAGUGCUGUGGGAUCUGGAAGAGGCAAGGGAGCGAUGGUGUCGUUGAGGGCAGAAUGAGCAAGAAGAAUUAGGAGGGAGGCUGCAUGUGCCGGGGCUAGGGGCUGGAGGCCCGGGCUCUAGCUGCACCUCGGAAGGAAAAGGCAAACAGAGGAGGGAAGGCGUCUUAGGACUGCCUGGAUCCAGCGCACUUUCCACGGCCUCUGCAGGCCUGCGUCGCUAUGGGUUCCCCCGCCGCCCCGGAGGGAGCGCUAGGCUACGUCCGCGAGUUCACUCGCCACUCCUCCGACGUGCUGGGCAACCUCAACGAGCUGCGCCUGCGCGGGAUCCUCACUGACGUCACGCUGCUGGUUGGCGGGCAACCCCUCCGGGCACACAAGGCAAUUCUCAUCGCCUGCAGUGGCUUCUUCUAUUCAAUCUUCCGGGGCCGUGCGGGAGUCGGGGUGGACGUGCUCUCUCUGCCCGGGGGUCCCGAAGCCAGAGGCUUCGCCCCUCUCCUGGACUUCAUGUACACUUCUCGCCUGCGCCUCUCACCGGCCACUGCACCAGCAGUCCUUGCCGCUGCCACCUAUUUGCAGAUGGAGCACGUGGUCCAGGCAUGCCACCGCUUCAUCCAGGCCAGCUAUGAACCUUUGGGCAUCUCCCUGCGGUCUCUGGAAGCAGAACCCCCGACACCCCCAACAGCCCCUCCACCAGGCAGUCCCAGACGCUCUGAAGGACACCCAGACCCACCAACUGAAUCUCGAAGCUGCCGUCAAGGCCCCCCUAGUCCAGCCAGCCCAGACCCCAAGGCCUGCAACUGGAAAAAAUACAAGUAUAUCGUGCUAAACUCUCAGGCCUCCCAAGCAGGGAGCCUGGUGGGGGAGAGGAGUUCUGGUCAACCUUGCCCCCAAGCCAGGCUCCCCAGUGGAGAUGAAGCCUCCAGUAGCAGCAGCAGCAGCAGCGAAGAAGGACCCAUUCUUGGUCCCCAGAGCAGGCUCUCUCCAGCUGCUGCCACUGUGCAGUUCAAAUGUGGGGCUCCAGCCAAUACCCCCCACCUCCUCAUGUCCCAGGCUCAAGAGACCUCUGGAUCCCCCUCUGAGCGAGCUCGUCCAUUCUUACCAGGGGAAAAGCCUUACCACUGCUCAAUCUGCGGAGCCCGUUUUAACCGGCCAGCAAACCUGAAAACGCACAGCCGCAUCCAUUCGGGAGAGAAGCCCUAUAAGUGUGAGACGUGUGGCUCACGCUUUGUACAGGUGGCACAUCUGCGGGCGCACGUGCUGAUCCACACAGGGGAGAAGCCCUAUCCUUGCCCUACCUGCGGGACCCGCUUCCGCCACCUACAGACCCUCAAGAGCCACGUUCGCAUCCACACUGGCGAGAAGCCUUACCACUGUGACCCCUGUGGCCUGCAUUUCCGGCACAAGAGUCAACUGCGGCUGCACCUGCGCCAGAAACACGGAGCUGCUACCAACACCAAAGUGCACUACCACAUUCUUGGGGGGCCCUAGCUGAGCGCAGGUCCAGACCCCACUUGCUUCCUGUGGGGGGGAAAGCUGCAGGCUCAGGCCUUGCUUCCCUAUCAGGCUUGAGCAUGGGGGUGUGCAGGGCCACUUUGGUAUCAGAAAUUGCCACCAUCUGAAUUUCUUGCCGGGGAGAGCAGGGGUGGCAGAUCCCGGCUAGAUCUGCCUCCGUUUUGCAGGUCAAAACCUCUUCCUGAUGAGCCGGAUUGUUCCUGAGGAGAGAGCUAGCUAGGGACUGGGCUAGGGGAGAGAUUGGAGUCCUGGUCUCCCUAAGGGAAUAGCCCUCCACCUGUGGCCCCCACUGCAUUCGGUUUAUCUGUAAAUAUAAUUUAUUGAGGCCUUCAGGUGGCACCAGGACCUUCAUUCUAUUCCAUUUCCCACUUCCCUCUUCCACAAGUGUGAUCAAAAGUGACCUGGAACACAGAAGGUGAGGUCACGGCUCUGCUGGCAGAGAUUACAGCCCUCGGCUGGCUCCUUUGGCUUGGGUGUUUUAUAUUAUUUCUGUCAUGAGUUUUAUCUUUAGAAUUGUUCUUUCUCCUGUGUGUUUGCUUGUUAGUUUGUUUAAAAUGGAAAAAGGGGUUCUCUGUGUCCUGCCCCUCUAAUUCUAGGUCUGGAACUUUAUUUGUUCUAGGGCAGCUCUGGGAGCACGUGGGAUUGUGGAAGUGGGUCAGGAACCCUCUCUGGUAUUCUGGAUGUUGUAGGUUCUCUAGCAGGCUAGAAAUGGAUGUAGACAUGUCUCUGUUCUUCAAGAGUGAUAGGAACCAUUAUGUUGAGCCUAAAAUGGAGGUAAUAAUAAAUGCGUCCUAGAGGCUGUGGGUGCGGGGAAUUCCAUAUCACUCCAGGUAGAGGCCGGCAGUUUUUUCUGCAAGAUGGUCCAGAAGCUAAAAUGUCCGACUAAUCCGGGCACUUGGGUUUGGCGCUGCUGUAUCCAUCUAUAGCGGUAGAGCCCCAGCAGGGCUUAAGUUGAGCCCACAGGGUGCCUGUUCGUAGCACUGAGUUGAUCCCUCCAUGGGGGAGAGAUCAGAAAUUCCUUAUCAGAGAUGAUGUGACCUUUUCUGACUCUGUCCACUCUCUAUGAAUGUUAUGACCUAGGGAAGAAUCGUGAAACUCUUUACCUUGAUUAGAUGGUAUACUACAGAGGCAUCUGGGUUUGAAUGUUACUUGGGGUUCUCUCUACUGAGUUGAACCCCUUCUUCCUUUACUGGGUUUUGGACAUCUUCUGGCAAGUGUCCAGAUGCCAGAACCUUCUUUGCCUCUAGAAAGUGACGGUGCUUUGUAACCUUACCUUAGAAAAGCUGGGUCUGUGACCUGGUCUUCCCAUCACUGCAUUCCUGUCCAGAACCAGUGAAUGCAUUAGAACCUUCCAUAGGAAAAGAAAAGGGGCUGAGUUCCAUUCUGGGUUUGCUUUAGUUUGGUUGAGAUUAUUGUUGGCAUUACAGAUUUAAAAGAUUGACUAGCUGAUAGGCCAAAGGCCUGUUCUAGUUGACCAAGUUUCAGGUAAGAUUAAGAGGUUGGCUGAGGGGUGCAGUUUCUGGUGUAGGCCAGGUGGGUAAAAAGUUAGAAAUGGGAUUGUCUCUUGAAUGGGUGGAGUCUCUUGAAAUGUUAGAAGAUGCCCUGAAGCCUUGAUUUAUAGUUCUGCCCCCAGUUGCCCUGGGGCCUAUUUGAUUAUGGGACAAGGGUGGAAAGUAAGAAGCACUUUUGAAUUUUCGGGGUAGAACUUAAACAAUAAGUCAGUGCUAGUGGCUAUCACCUGGGGACUAGUGAGAAAGCUGCUCUGGUCUCCCUAAGGGAAGAGCCCUCCACCUGUGGCCCCCAUUGCAGAAUUUAAGAAGGAAGAAGGGAAGGUAGAAGAGUAUGUAAGAAGGAACCAUGGUUUCUAUUUAGCAGAUUGGAUGGAAUAAAGAAGCCUUUCUGUGCUG